AUGAUCUCCGAAGAGAGAAGGCUUGUUUUUAGUGCAGCCGUACGUACUGUUGCUUGCCAAUUGCUCAUAAUCGGCCACGUAGUGGCAUCCAACCAAUCUCUUUAUAAGGAAGGUGAUAUCCCACAAAGACAAAUGGUACUGAAGACUAACAGCACCAGAUCAAAGCCCGGUCAUCUGCAAGGAAGAAAAGCCUUUUUAAGGGACGACCUUAAAUACUACCAUCGUCUCGCCAGUAUUGCUCAUAGCGGCCACGUAUGCGGCCACGUUGUGGUAUAUCCAAAUUUUGCUAAUCUUAAGAAUAUUCGGACUUUGUUGAUAUCUGAAGAAAACGCUUUAUUCUCUAAGUGCGGCUAUUUACUGGGUCCCAAGAUCGUCCAAUCUACCACUAGUGGCAUCUGA